AUGGCCAGUUCAUCACAAGUUACGAAUUUCUUGUUAGGUAAUUUCCAAAUGCAUAAUACAGAUGUUAGAGAUAGAGUUGCGGCCUUGAGUACCCAGAAGGCUAUUGUCAAGAAGAAGAAAGUAUGUAGCCAGAAGAAGAAACUGAAAGCAUAUGAUCUCUCUUCCUUUUCUGAGUUCCUGCCUGAGUUUGAGGAUUCACAAGAACCAGCUCCUACCAUUGAUUUCAAGCUAAUAUUGAAGGAAGCAGAGCAGUUGGGUAGAGUUCUUAAUCACCCUGCUUUCCAGGCAGAUCCGAUGGGAGCUAUUUAUGAACACUUGAAGAACACACAACCUGUGAUGGCUGAGCAACGGAAGAAAAGGGGGAAAAAAAAUGGAAGUGAAAACAGGAAACAGAAUAAAUCUAAGGCUUUAGCUAAUGAUUUUCAACUAUCCGCCUUGAACAGUAGAUUAUCAUCUAUCCACCUUGAUGACUCUGUUCAUAUCUCAUCCUGA